AUGCAGUUCGGCCUAUCAAAAUCCGCUGCUGGAGGGAAAGCUGCCGCCCUGCUGGGCCACCGUUCAGUCCUUCGGCAUUCUGUACGCCUCCUUCCCCACGCCCCCUUCCCCACGCCCCCUUCCCCACGCCCCCUUCCCCACGCCCCCUUCCCCACGCCCCCUUCCCCACGCCCCCUUCCCCACGCCCCCUUCCCCACGCCCCCUUCCCCACGCCCCCUUCCCCACGCCCCCUUCCCCACGCCCCCUUCCCCACGCCCCCUUCCCCACGCCCCCUUCCCCACGCCCCCUUCCCCACGCCCCCUUCCCCACGCCCUCUUUCCCACCCUCCUGAAUUCCUGCAUCCCUUUCCCCUCGGCACUCAGUUCGGCCCCUUCCUCUCGGCAGACCUUUCCCCUCAGCCCUCGUUUCCCCUCAGCCCUCGUUUCCCCUCAGCCCUCGUUUCCCCUCAGCCCUCGUUUCCCCUCAGCCCUCGUUUCCCCUCAGCCCUCGUUUCCCCUCAGCCCUCGUUUCCCCUCAGCCCUCGUUUCCCCUCAGCCCUCGUUUCCCCUCAGCCCUCGUUUCCCCUCAGCCCUCGUUUCCCCUCAGCCCUCGUUUCUCCCUACACCCUCCUCUCCUUCUCUCCUGCACUUUUGCCUGCCACCCUGCCGCCCCACCAUUCAGUCCUGCGGCACUCUGUACGCCUUACUGCCCUCCCAAGCCCCUCCCCCUGCCCUCCCCUGCCUGUCCUCCUGCCCUCCCCUGCCCGUCCUCCUGCCCUCCCCUGCCGUCCCUGGCCCCUCCCCUUGCUCUCCACGCCCUCCCCUUGGCCCCCCGCCCUCCCCUCAGCCCUUCCCCUAUGCGCCUUGCUACCUCAUUGGCAACAGCAUUUCGCACGCGCACGCUCUCUGCCUCUCGCACCCCACAUCUCUGUCCUCCCUCCCCUUCGUCACUGGCUGGCCCCCGCUGCCCAUCCCCACUACUUGA